GAGGCGAAAAGUUACCGGGCGUCGGUAGCGAUGGGCGUCAUCGGUUCGCCCGAUAAAAAUAGUACGGUUUGGCAUCGUCAACACUUCUACAAUUCUACGACAGUUUGUAAUUCGCAGCUAUUCGUGCGGUACAUUUCUCUAAAAUAAACCGUAAAUCCACCAAAAAAUUGUGCACGCGUUUGUGCAAACUCCUCCGCUACUGCAGUGGUGUGUUCGAGUUUGAAAUCGCGCAACAAGUGUUCGAAAAUUAUUGGCUCUGCUAAGUGACAUUCAAAUUAUUUAUUGCACGUGAUUUAAUGUAAUUGGCGAUUAAUUUUAAUCAACGAUGCCUUACUACAGUGAUUUCAGCUCUCCCUCUAGUAGUUACUCGUCCUUUUAUUCACCCGGUCCUUACUCAAACCAUUCGUCCAUACUCGCUUCCAAUUAUUCCUCACCGUAUAAAACCAUCAUACCUCGAAGCUACAGAGGGUACAAACCACAUCUAUCAACAAUAUCAGAGGCGCAAAGUGCCUUAAGAAGACUCAACGCACCAAAACUCAUCCUAGGAUCGUCGUCAAAUGUUGUUGUACCAAAACCGAUCAAAAUAAACACAGCUGACAUAGACGUCUCAUCAAACAAAUACAGAAAGUACAGGACAAGUCCAAAAACAGAAAAACAAAAUGAACCAAAACCACUUCUAAGCCCAAGAACAUCAUUGGAAGAGAAGGAGGCAAAACCCAACACAAACAUUCGCCGAGACCGAGCUACAGUGAGAUUAAAAACAAUCCACAAAGAUACCAUAGAAAGGGAUCUAAACAAUAUUAAAAGCUGGCGCGAUAACUUCGAGCCAGAUGAACUAAACGUCAAAGAAAAAAUACAAAAGAAAUCCCCUGGUGAACUUCUUGUGGAAAAGUUUUUAAUCAGGAGUCGUAGCAAGGAAAACAUGCUAAAUAAAUCUAAAAUCAAUCGUAGAGUAUCAGUGAAGAAGCCAUUAUCUAAAUCAACUAGUUUUAAAGAUAUUUGCACUGCCAUAUCUUCGGAAACAGUUAAUGAAGAAUUGAACCCCGGUCAACCAAUUGAGAUACAACGAAGACAAAGUCGACAAUAUUCAAGUGAUGACAUUUUAAAGGAACUACGCAGAAAUUCCAAAGAGUUAACUGAAGUUGAGGCAAAGUUACUUGACCAAAUCCUCGAUGAGAAUGAUAAUAUUUCUAUAUUAGAACCUAUUCAAGAAAAAGGAAAAGCAAAGAAGGAGAGAAAUGAUACUAAAGGUAGUGUUAGGAAAAGAAAAGUAACCAAAAAAAAUUCAGAUGAAUUGCUUAUCGAUUCUAACGACUCUGAUACUAAAUUGAAAUCCACAAUACAAAGACGUCCGACGCAGAAAAAAAUCCGUAGAUCUUCAACUGACACCAGCUUACCUAGCAAUGACGCAGUAGAUGAAAACCUCGAGAGGGAAUAUCAAGAAGCCAUUCGCGACAUAUCUCAAGUAGAAGUAGAAACAAUUAAAAUCAAACCAAAACCAAUCAUCACAGCCACGGUAGACAUAGACGAGAAACAAACCUUAAUACCCGUAGUAGACGAUAUUGAAAUAGAAGAAUCUCCUACCAGAAAAAAAGCGAAAGCUUUUCGUUUUAACGUUAUUGUCGAAGAGGUGGAAGAACAAAAACGUAGAAGCGGGUCCAAUACUCCGGAAACAAAACAUAGAAGUCGUUCAUCCACACCAACAGACGAAAUUAAGAAGAAGAGUACGUUAAAGAGAAAGCCUUCGGUAAAGACUGCUGAAGCUGGUAAGUUUCAUUUGCCACAAGCUAAAACACCUGUUGUUUCCAAUAUUGUUUUAAAAAAGCAAAGCAGUCAUCUAAGUAAUAUAGUUGAAGAAGAUGACAAAGCCGAGGACGCAGAAGAAGUUAAAAUAAAUUUAGAAACGGCCAGAGAUGUUUUGAAGAACAAAAAUACUUUUAUGAAGAAAGAUGAUUUAAGAUUGCCUUUAAAAAAGGAUGUUUUAAGCAAAAGUAAUGUUGAAAUAUCUAGUAACAAGAUUUUUAAUGAUAAAAAUAAUAAAUUGGGCGCAGAAGUUCCUAAAAUACUGGGUCUAUUACCCAGUAAAAAUGAUGUUUUAAGUAAGAGUAAUGAGGAAAUUGCCAAUAAAGGGCCCGAGGAACUUCCUAAAAUACAAACAACUUUUAUGAAGAAAGAUUUAGAUAACUCAAAACCACUAGAAAAAAAGCUUAUUGAAGAAAUAGCCAAAACACCGGAACCAAUAUUGAAGAAAGAAGAAAUUAAAACCAGUUUGCCAAAUACAAGCAAAAGCAAUGUUGAGUUCUCUAACAAAAACAUCGAGAAUAGGCUUGAUAAGACCAGCAAAAGCUUAGAUGAAGAAAAUAAGGUCGAGAAAAAGCUUACUAAAUUUAGUAAAAGUUUGGAUGAAGAAAAUAAAACUGAAAAUAAGCUUGAUGAAAUCUCCAAAACUGUGGAUGAAGAAAAUAAAAUCAAAAAUAAACUUGUUAAAACUACCAAAAGCCCGGACAAAGAAAAUAAAAUCGAGAAAAAGUUUUCCAAAGUAAGCAAAAGUCUGGAUGAAGAAAAUAUAUCAGAAAGUAAACUUGUUAAAACCAGCAAAAGUCUGGAUGACGCAAAGUUGGAUAAGAAACCGGAGAAUGUUGACUUGCGUAAAGAAAAAGAAGAAAAUGAUGAAGAUGAAAAAGAGGAAAUCAAAGAAGUUAAGACUGGGAAGAUAAAAGUUGUAAAACCUAAUAAAAAUCAAAUGGAAGAUGUGGUGAUUGGGGAAGAACCAGAGGAAGAAUUUAAGACUGAAGAUACAAAUGAAGAAACUGUAGCGCCUGGUAAAAUAACAUCGAAGAGAUCGUUAAUACAAAAAGCUAACAAUCCAGAUCCUGACUUGUCUGUAUUUGUUCUUCCACCUGAAGUACUAGCGCAAAUGGAAGAACCUCCAAAAAAAGAAGAAGAAAAGGAAAAAGAAGAAGAAAAGUUUGUACCCUUGCAAUCAAACCGCAUAUCCGCUUGGAUGCACCCUUGGAAGAAACCCGAACAACUCGAGGAGUGCCCCAUCGAAAUUUACGCACGCCCGAAACCGAUAAAAGGUAGACAUUAUCCGCGCCCGCGUCAUCCGGUCAGUUCCGAAGAAGAAAGCAGUGAUGAAAGUGAAGAAAGUGAAGAAAGUUCUUCAAGUGACGAGGAGGAGACGUCGGAAGAGGAGAAAGGACAAAAUGGAACGACCUAUGGUAAAAUUGGUGCAAGUACGUCAUCGAAUGAUUCAGGUUUUGAUUCCGAGGCCAAGGGAAGGAGGAAUAAGGGAUCUUCCGAAACUAGGGACUCUCCUGCUCCUCUGGCAAACAACCCUGCUUAUGCACCUGAUGAAGAAGCUGCAGAUGGAUAUACAGCUUCGAGUACUUUUCAGAGUUUUCAGAAAACUGGAAGAAUCACACCUCCAGCAACCACUAUACCCAGAUUCAGGAAAUACUGCGUCGAAGACUUUAAUUUCCUUAAGGUUCUUGGAAAAGGAAGUUUUGGAAAGGUACUUUUGGCGGAAUUAAAGGAUACAGAAUACUAUUACGCUAUCAAGUGUCUUAAAAAAGAUGUUGUUUUGGAAGAUGACGAUGUUGAAUGUACUUUGAUAGAAAGAAAAGUUUUGGCCUUGGGUACUAAGCAUCCGUACUUGUGCCACUUGCUUUGCACCUUCCAAACUGAUUCUCAUCUCUUUUUCGUUAUGGAGUAUCUAAAUGGAGGCGAUUUAAUGUGGCAUAUUCAGGCUUCGGGAAGAUUUGAGGAAGACAGAGCAAGAAUUUACGGUGCUGAAAUUUGUUCGGGACUGAAGUUUCUUCAUAAUAAAGGAAUCGUUUAUAGAGAUUUAAAAUUAGACAACAUUCUUCUGGACUAUGAUGGACAUGUGAGGAUUGCCGAUUUCGGAAUGUGCAAACUGCAGAUAUUUUUAGACAGAAUGGCCGACACAUUUUGUGGUACCCCUGAUUAUAUGGCUCCUGAGAUAAUCAAAGGACAACACUACAACCAAUGUGUGGAUUGGUGGUCAUUCGGUGUACUUUUGUACGAAAUGCUGAUUGGCCAAUCCCCAUUCAGUGGCUGCGAUGAAGACGAACUGUUUUGGUCGAUAUGCAACGAAAAACCAGUUUUGCCAAGAUUUUUAUCCAGAGACGCCAUCGAUAUUUUAACAAAGUUUUUGGAAAAAGACUGGAACAAGAGACUGGGUAACAGGUUUAGCUCACAUGGAGAUAUUCAAGAUCAACCUUUCUUUUUACCCAUUGAUUGGCAUGCUCUAGAAAAUAGGCAACUUGAUCCACCUUUUAAGCCAUCUUUGCUCCAUCCUUUGGAUACCCAGUAUUUCGACAGAACCUUUACCAUGGAAAGAGCAAAAAUCACCCCCAUCGAACAGACUAUUAUGCAAUCCAUGGACCAAACGCAGUUCCAAGGGUUCAGCUACACAAAUCCAAAUGCAACCGAUAAAUAAUAGUCGUCGAAAUUUAACGAAAUUUGUUGUGAUUACUUUUUGUCCCUUAAAGAGAUGAAUAAAGAAAAUUAUUUGUGAUACAGCUUGGAAAUGCAGCUACCCAAAUAAACAUAGCUCUCUAUAUGAGGUCCAAAAAUAAUAAAAAUGUCUAAAUGUAAAUUAACAAAAAACAUUUUGACCUUUUUGUUUGACCAAAAAGAGUUUACAGGUCUAAAAUACGAAGUAGGUACCUGAGAAUUUGAGAAACUAGAUUUUUGAUAGUGCAAUAAUAAUCACCUUAACACGUUGUUCUCCUUAAAACAUAAGCUUUAAUAAUUAAGUAAUAAUGUAGUAAUUUAUUGUGUUUUAUAUUAUUAAAAUAACUUUAUUUUAUAUUGGUUUAUUUGUAAAUAAAAAGAAUGAGA